UUCAUUACACGGAAAUGGACUUUUGUAUAACAGAAAUGUCUCUACAACGCUUGAUGUUGGUCGCCAUCUGCAUUGUGUUCAAAGCCUCAGAAGCUGUUUUAGGUGAAGAGGUGAAGAAAGCUGUGGGCGAAACGGUUUCUUUUCGUCCAGAAAAUGUAAAGCCUCCUGUAACUAUUACAUGGAAACAGAUAAGUGAUUCUGGUACUGUUAAGGCGAUUGAAUGGGAUAAUGAUGAUCAGAGAUAUUAUAAACCUCAUCCGAGAUUCAGUGACUCCACAUCUCUCAAUAAGGAAACGGGAGAAAUCACUAUAAAUAAUUUAAAACUCGAGCAUAGUGGAACGUACAUCAUUGACAUCAACAUUAAAGAGCAGAAGCAAAGAUUCACCUUGAAAGUUAUGGAGCGGGUUCCCAGACCUGAGAUAACUAAAGAGGACAGCAGUAAUCCUGAUGUGGUGUAUUUAAGAUGUGAAUACAAUGAAAUGAUCGUCUGGAGGAAUUCUGCUGGAGUACUGGAGGAUCAGAACAACAAGAAAGAAAUCUCAGUUAAAAAAACAGGAAAUGCUGAAAACGUCUACACCUGCACACUCAAGAACGAUGUGAGCGAAGAGACCAGUGAUCCGGUCUACGAGAGAGAUCUGUUUAAAGACACACAGGGAUCUGUCAUUUGGAUUGCCAUUAUUUCAAGCAGCACAGUAUUUAUCCUCCUUUUUCUGUUUAUACCACCUUUUUACGGUAAGACUACUGUUGUGCUUUAUCUUUUAAAACAUUUAAAAUUUCUUAUGUUUUUUUUCCAUUUGGUUUAAACUCAAAACAAACAUUUUUUAAAAAUGCAACAUAUUUUCGAAUGAAACAUUUGAUUGGAUUGUUAAACAAAAAAUAACUCAAAGCAUCCAGACCUAAAGGUUCUGAUUCCAAAAUCAUUUAAAUGAUGCAGUUUGUGAACAUUUGCAUUGAGCAAUUUUUUAUGAAGGUAUUUUUGAAUGACGCACGUUCGUGAAAUGUUUGAAUGUGUAUUAAUAAAGUAAGCAGUCAGUUAUGAUUUUCACUGUUGGUGUCACAGAUUAUUGUGCUGCUCGCUCUGGGAGACACAGGACUUCCAGAGUAAGUUUAUGUCUGAUUUGUUUGUGAAAAGUAUUAUGUGCAAUAUCAAAGACAAACUGAACAGUUUUUAGUCUAACAGAUAAACUACAGCUAUGCUUUAAAAUGUUAAUCAUUAGCAUUUUUCCUGUUUUUUUCCUCCUUCAGAAAUGAGAGCCGACUCUUUUAUUUUGUCCUGAUGAAACAUUCAGCUUAAUCCCGUUCUAAGACUUCUAACAGUUUAGAUUUUUUAAAUCAGUUUUUAAUAUUAUCCAUGGUGCUGUGUAUAUCUGAACAAGACGUCCAGGACCUCCAGCAGAAAAUAUUAAAGAUACUAGCAGUAUAUUUGAUCGUGUACGUGCUUUUUAUUUUCUUGGAUGCUUUUUCAGGAAGUACGCGCGGGCUUGAAUAAAUGCACUUUGUUGCACAAACACGGUUUACGGUAUUUUUUUAUUUGCAAAUUCUGUUAAAUCUUGUCUGUCCUCAUAAACACACAUCCUGUUAGGAGCUAUAAGCGGCAUAAAACGGUUAUUCUGCGCGCUUGUGAUCUUACAGGAGCCCCGAAGCUAACGUUAGUUCUUUGUUUUGCGUUUCAUAAAAAAUAAUAAAU